GAGGUACAAUAUUUUAUUUUGUGGCAACGUCUUCACUCUAAUCUCAUAAGCUCAUAAAUAUUAGUCUUUAAACGUCAUCAAAUUGACAGAUCUACUCUGCGGAUCGCAGUAGAAAAAGCCUCAAGUUUUCACUAAAGGUGAUACUGACAAUGGCAGAUAGGCCACUCACAAGCGAUCGUGGACCGAAGUUUACAGAGUUGAAUGAUUUGGUUUCACAAAAGGCAGGAGGGAAAAUCCUGUUUGCUACAGAUGAUUGGUUUGCUGUUGCUGAAAAUCUCCUGAAGGUGGAGCCAGCCGCGUUCGACAAAGACGCCUUCACGAGCUACGGCAAGCUGAUGGACGGCUGGGAGACGCGGCGGAAGCGCAAGGAAGGCCACGACUGGUGCGUCGUGCGGCUGGCGAUGCCCGGGGUGAUUCACGGCGUCGAGGUGGACACGUCGUUCUUCACGGGAAACCACGCUCCCCGCGUCUCGCUGCAGGCCGCGCGACUCACGUCGCAGGACGAGGCCAUUAUACCUCGGAGGGUCAGCAAGAUGGGAAGCGAGGCAUCGGCUGCAAACAUGAAGAAAGUGGCGGCGUUGAAGUCGGAGGAGUGGCAGACGAUUCUACCGAUGACCGCCACGGGACCGGGAUACAGCAACACGUGUCGCAACUACUACCGAGUGCAGAGUAGAGACAGAUGGACCCAUCUGAGGUUCAACAUUUAUCCAGAUGGAGGUGUGGCGAGGCUUCGUGUGUACGGCCAAGUGAUUCCUGAUUGGUCAAAACUUCCAGCGAACAUGCUGAUGGACCUGGUUGCGAUGGAGAGUGGAGGCGUGUGCGUGGGCUACAGCAAUGUUCAUUACGGACACGCUCGCAAUCUCAUCGGCAAGGGUCGCUCGUCUGUCAUGUCCGAUGGUUGGGAGACCGCGCGCAAGAUCGACAGACCCGCCAUCUUGGAGUCCGACCUUCGGGGAGUCCUGAAGGUCCCGGGCAACGAGUGGGCCACGUUUAGGCUGGGUCACCCUGGAACUAUCCUCAAGGUUGUGAUUGACACAAACCUCUUUAAAGGAAACUUCCCCGACUCAUGCAAGGUUGAAGCUUGCAAUAUAGGCAUGGAUGAAGAAUCGGAAGCUAUGGAAAAGUUUGGGCCACCUCAAUGGAAACUACUGCUCCCAACUGUGAAGCUAUCGGCCGACAGGCUCCACCACUUCGAUGCUCCCGACGUGAAGAUGUGUGGCGUGGUGUCGCACGUCCGCCUCACGAUGGCACCAGAUGGCGGCAUAAGCAGGAUGCGUCUGUUCGGUCUCCGUCGCAACAAGGCCAACCUCUGAUUUGAAGCGGAAAAAAAUGGCGUCCGGCCGGCCCCCCGCUGGUGAAUUUAUGCAGCUAACUGUGUACGCAAUCGUGCUUAAAAUUGCGCGUGUGACUUACUGACACGAACAUCUAAUGGUUGUUCUAAUUCUAACGAUUGUGUUGGGGGUGUUUUACGAACAUUCACUUUACAGAAUUAUGUUAAUUGCUGAUGUAACCAUUUGACGUGUAUCAGAGUCAAGUUAUUAAUGAGAGUGAGGUAUGUAUGAGAGUGGCACUGCAAUCUUUAUGAGGAGUGAAUUAAUUAAUGCAGAUGUUGAUUGAUAGAAAUAAUAUUUUUAUAAUUAAUGGCUAAAACGAACUGUGAUAUGUACCAACACUAUUAUGAAAUUGUUAAUCAUAUUCUGUUUAUUUUUUAAUAAUACGUACAUAGUGUAUGUGUGGGCGUUCGUGCGUGCGUGCGUGUGUGCGUGCGUGUGUGUGCGUGCGUCCGUUCGUGCGUGCGUGCGUGUGUGCGUGUGGGUGGGCAUUUGAGGUGUGCUGGUUUUAGAAAUGCUCCUAGUUAGAGCAAUGAAUCUAAGGAGUAGGGCAUCUAUUACAACGUGCAUUUAAGGUUUAAGUGCAUGCAAGAUACUGAAAUAAAUAUGUAUGUAAAUGACUAAACAACUGUUGUUAGUAUAUACAAUAUAAGGGGUGAAACUAC